AUGACUCCUCCAAUUCAGACAAAGCAGCCUUGCAAAGAGCCAAGGGAAAAAUCAUCUGGCCUUGGCGCAGGGGAGUACAUAGAAGUCCUGAAGCUGCUGAGCAUCACACUUCUGCUGUGCUCUCUGACUUGCCUCUUGCUGGAGACUGUCGCUUCCUCUGUGUCACCUUUAUCUGCCUUCAGAGUACAAGACCAAGAUGGCCUGCCACAACGCUCAGUGGAAAAUUCCAGGUCCUGGCUGAGCAACUUCAAGGAUUACCUGUGUGAUCUCAUCAGGAGCCAGAUCCCUCCAGCAGCCAUUUUUAUUUUUCUUAUCAUGUCAGCAGUACUGGGGACCCUCUGCUGCCUCACUGUUCUAAUAGGUGAACCAGUCCAAUGA